CUUUCUCUUUCUCUUUGUGCGCGUGGUCUAAUAAAAACCCUAAUUUGCUCAAUUCCUUACUUUCUUUCUUCCUCCUUCAACAAUUUCCUCUGUUUCACGGCAUUGAAGGGAGGACCUCAACUCUGUGUUGUUAAUGGCGACAGAGCGCGAGGAGAUUCGUUACGAAGGAGGAAGAGGUGGGAAGUUUCAGAAACGGCCUCUCAGAAGGUCGCAUACGACGCCGUAUGAUCGGCCGCCGACUGCUUUGAGAAACUCUGCUGGAAACGGAUGGCUCUCUAAGCUUGUCGAUCCGGCGCAGAAGCUCAUCACCUCCAGUGCACAUAGGCUGUUUUCUAGCGUGUUUCGUAAACGUAUUCCCCCUCCGCCGCCGUCAUUGCCCGUUUCUCGAGAGGCUAAUGAUGAGAUGGGAAAUGAGAACCAUGAAGAAGUUGCAGCUGAUCUUCCUGGAACUCAAGAAGGGACGAACCGCGAUUUUGGUCCGAGUAUCAAAACUGAUAACACACAUGGGGUGACUGACCUUGAGCAAAUUUUGAAGGAGAAGACCUUUACAAGAUUUGAGAUUGAUCGCUUGACUGAACUUUUGAAAUCAAGAGUUGUUGAUGUUCCAAGUGGGGUUGAAGAGAGGAAAUUUGAACAGGCCCCUUCUACGCCUGUUAUCAGUUAUGAAAUACAGGAAGGAUCUCCAAAAUUUCGAGCUCAAGAUGGAAUUAGCUCUCACGUGGUUCCAACUCAAGUUAUGAGAGCAAAUGUCCUUGAUGAGGAUGUUGCUUCACCUGCAGAGAUUGCAAAAGCAUACAUGGGCAGCAGGCCUCCAAAAGCAACUCCGUUGAGUAUGGCGUCCCAUAGUCACAAGUUUGGGGAUAGUUUUGCUUCAGAAAAUCUCUCGAAAUCCUCUGCUUUAACUCUUGUGCCGAGAUCUCCUGGAAAUUUUGAUGUUAUUGAAAAUGGUUUUGUCACCCCAAGAUCUCGAGGCAGAUCUGCUCUGUACAAUAUGGCUCGAAUGCCAUAUUCCGGAGUUAGUGCAACCCAUAGCAUAAAGAAUAGUGUAGCGACAACAGAUGCUUACAGGGCAACAGGGUCCUCAUCAUCUCAGUUAGCAUGGGAGCGAGGGAGAGUUCUGGGGUCUAAACAAGGGGCUUUAAAACGCAGAAGCUCAGUUUUAGAUGAUGAAAUGGGACAUGUUGGUCCUAUUCGUAGACUUCGUCACAAAUCCAAUCUCCUUUACCCAACAGGUUUGAGUUUACCAAGCAGUUCAACUUCUAUUCCAGUAAGUGGAAUUGGUUCUGAGAAUGCUCAGCAGUUUCAGUCUACAAAAGUGCACCCGUUUUCAUCUUCUUCUGGGAAGGCACUUUAUUCGCGUAGUUUGUCCAAACGGUCUGCAGAGUCCGAAAAUGAUGUGAAACCUAGUUCAAGUUUUUCUCAAAUUCCUCUCAGGUCAAGUGAGAUGGCCUCAAAAAUACUUGAGCAGCUUGAGAAAUUGACCCCUCCAAAGGAUAGGUCUUCAAAACUAAAGCUGCUUAGUGUGACGAAUAACUCACCCACAAAGUUGUCACCAUCAAUGUUGCAUGGGCCAGCUCUUAGAAGCCUGGAAGAUGUGGAUUCAUCUAAGUAUUUGGAAAAUGUUGAAGACAUUCAAUCUAAUGAUGCCCGGGAGCUUACUUCUCAAAAGAACAACAAGGUUGAGGAAAGCAGUUCAUUAAAAUAUAAAUUACCCAUUGAUAAGGCAAUUUCUGCAGGUGAUGGAUUAGGUUCUCUAGUUCCUACGAAGGACACUGUACUCAGUUCUCGUCCGCAAGUUGCAUUUGUUGGUGCUUCCCCACAAACAAAAUGUGCUUUCCAAAUGAGUGCCCAUGAGGAUUUUGUAGAUAUUGAUGAAGAAGGAUGUUCUAAUGGGCCAGUGACUGAUAUAUCGUUUGAUAGGCGAGAAAAAAUGGAUGGCUCAUUAGCGGCAAUGAGCAAGCCGAAUGAUACUGAAGCCAUUACAGUAGAUAAGCCUCAGGCUUCAGCUGAGGUUAAACCAUCCACUGCAUCUGAACUGAACAAAAUGAAUGGCCAGAGAAAAUCUGAUGUUCCUGUGAUUGCUGAGAAGAGCCCCAUCUUUUCCUUUGCUACAGCAUCUCCACCUAGCAUUAUAGCCAAUGCAAAAGAUCCUGAAUCAACCUUGAGACCUGAAAAAAAUAUUUCACCUGAGGCACCAAAACCCGCUAAUGCCCCUAUAUUUGGCUUUGGAGAUAAGCUACCAUCACAAAAGGAAUCAUUUUCUUCUGCUCCCACCUUUGCGUUUGGAAACAAGUUUGCCCCCUCAACGAAUGAACAAAAUGCUGUUCCUGUUGCAAAUUCUGAAAGCAAUGUUGCACCAGGAAAAGCUACAUUUCCUAUUCCUGCAAAUGCUGCCACAGAAAAUGGAAAUAAGAAUACAGGGUCUCCGUUUAAAUUUGCAUCGCCUUUAGUCAAUGAAAAAGAAAGGGCUAAAGUGGGCAGCUCUUCGGUUUUUAAAGCCGAGAGUAAUAGCAGCAGCAUCCUGUCAUUUGGAGUUCCAAAAGAGUCCAUGUCAGACAAAGCUGGUGAUAAGAGUUCGAGUGCCGGUCUCUCGGUUGGUACAUCUGAGAAUUUGUUUUCGUCAUCUGUCUCGACAUCGACAUCAUCUCCCAGCUUAUUUUCCUUCAGCUCCCCUAGCACUAAUUCAAAUCUUAAUAAUGGAUCUCUUGUUUCUACCCCAUCUAUAUUUUCCUCCCCAGCCACCACCUUUUCGAAUAAUAUAACAAAUCAAAAUCCAUCCAUCAAACCGUCCCUCACUACUGCCCCUAGCAACAGCGAACCCGCCACCACUACUACUAGCCUUUCUAUGCCUUCUCCUGUGCCAUCUUUUUCAGCUGCACCUAUUUUCAAAUUUGGGAGCCCUAGUGUUCCUUCAUCUUCCGCUCCAGCUCUAUCAGCAGCGGAAACCAAGACCAAGCAAGAGACAACCUUUGGUAAUUUAAGUGGCAUUCCUCCAAGCGACACGUCUGCUGCUAAAGUAUCUAGUACUGGAGGCAGCGUUUUUCAAUUCGGAGCUGCAGCUACUACAGAUUCUAAUAAACGACCAGAAAAUUCGACUUCUGCUCCAGGCAAUGUCCCUACAUUUGGUGCUCCGGUUUUUCCUGCUAAUAGUGGGGUUGCAUCUUCUACUCAGAGUACACCUGUUUUGCCAUUCAGUUCAUCAUCUACAUCAUUUGGUUUGGCUGCGAAUACGGGUUUGUCUUCUGGCAGUUAUCUGUUUGGUUCUUCAGCUCCAGCGUCGAAUUUGUUCUCUCCUGGCACGACGUUUGGGCUUACUGCUACCAGUUCUUCUGCUAAUAAUUCUGUCAGCUCUGGUGCUGGUACCAGCUCUAGCUUCUUUAACUGGCAGACAUCCUCCACGCCAUCAUUUUCCACUGGAUUCAGCUCAACUCCAACUGGAGGGUUCCCUUUUGGUCUUUCAUCUUCUUCCGCUGCUUCUAAUAGUUCACCUAUGCUCUUUGGGUCAUCAACAACUAGUGCAUCGACAACGUCAAUGUUCUCAUUUACUUCCGCUGUGUCGUCACAGCCUGCUUUCGGUAAUUCUAAUCAUGGCUUCACUUUUGGUUCAACCCCCCCUGCCAAUAAUGAUCAAGCAAAUAUGGAGGACAGCAUGGCUGAGGAUACCGUCCAGGCAGUCACGCUGCCUACGCCUACUUUUGGGCAACAGCCCCUUACACCACCUCCAUCAUCAGGGUUUAUGUUUGGUUCAGCGGCCCCUCCUCCGGUAGCAGCAAGUCCUUUCCAGUUUGGCAGCCAGCAAAAUGCACCUACCCCACAAAAUCCCUCUCCAUUUCAUGCUUCUGGUAGCUUAGAUUUCAAUGCCAGUGCUGGAGGGAGCUUCUCAUUAGGCGCGGGUGGCGGUGACAAAGCGAACCGAAAAUACGUGAAAGUUAAAAGCAAAUCACGAAAGAAGUAGGAGCAAUCGAGAGAGAAGGUAUUAUGUGUUUGUAUACCCCAGUUAUUUUUCAUCUAGGAAAAAGUUAUAUUUCCAUCACCGUCACGACAUCGGUUGGAUUGGGGAGGGGUGGAGGGAGCGGGAUAUCAUUUGUCACCUGGAUUGUUUGAUUUCGACAUAAUACGAGGAAACGUCGAAGCCAAGAAUUGUUGGUUGUGUUUUCUCAUUUAAGUGGCAAAUUAUUUUGUGGUUUUGUUGUUGGUAGCACAAGUUCACAAAUUUUGUAUUAGGUUUAGCAAAGUGGAAGAACACUCAUUGUACUGUAAUAGUAAGUAGUAGUCUGUGAAUGUUUCAGGUAAAACAUCAACCCUGUGCUAUGGACUCAGUUUUCCUGUAAUUUGUUAUUUGUUGUAACAUAAGAAAAGGGAAAUAUAUGCUGUUGUUCAAGGAAGCAUCA